AUGGCCAGACCUGACCGACACAGGCCGACAUCCGACUCAUCUCACCACUCGCAGAGAGACCGGGAUGAGCAUGUCCAGCCGAGUCGGCGGCGGCACGAUGGAGAUCAUCAGAGGAAGCGACGCCGACAUGAGCCAGAGCAAGUCGAGGAGGAUAUGUGGGUAGAGAAAACUGCGCCUUCGACAGACAAAGCGGUCUCGAAUGCGCCAGAUCCAGCGACACUCGGUCUCACAUCCAAGGCCAUACCGUCACACGAGACCGUUCAAGAGUUGCCUCUUCACGAGGACGCGGAGGCGCAGAGCAACGACCCUUGGUCAAUCAUUGAUGCAACGUCUCACGUCAGGGAGAAGAAGCCGCGUGAGCAUAAGCCAGAUCCAGAAAAGGCCAAGAUGUCUCGCUUCGAGCGCAACACUGGCAUCUAUAAUGACGAUGGCACACGCAAGGCCGACAACGAAGCCAUUGCAACGGGCACGACUCGUCCGUCAGACGCGUCGGCGAGCAAAGUCAUCUUGCCAGGCUCAGCUGGAUCAACCUGGCGGCUCGCAAAGCUCAGGAGAGUCCUCGAAACUGCAGACGAAGAGAAGCGACCUCUGGAAGAAGUCGCACUGGAGCGCUAUGGCUCCCUACAAGAAUUUGAACAGGCAAUGGAAGAGAAGCGCUGGAUCGAAGAGCAGCAAUCCCGCCGACGCUCGACCGCAAGCGGAUCGACCACACCCUCGCGCCGUGAUCAGCACAACCGAACAGCUUCUUCGCCGGGUCUGCGAUCUGUGUUUACAGACCCCAAUGCUAGCGAUCUCUCCCAAUCAUCCUCUCGAGCUGGUUCGUUUCGAAGACCGGGCGAGGGUGUCUCCUCCACCCCGGCACGCAAUGCACCAAGUCAGAGCCCAGCAUCUACGCCCGCAGACUCUAGACCGCAAACGCCCAUUCCAUCCGUGUUCACUCCACCAGUGCAACGGAGCAGCGCCCAUAGAACCGGUUCAGCCCUAGCGGGCCCACCGGUCAAUGCGACGCGCGAUCAGACAGCUGCCGACGGAGCGGAUGAACUAGAUCCGGGCCAGCAUUCGCAAGCUCCUCUCUCUACAUCCUCGCUCAACCGACUGCAAGCAAAAGCACUGAAAGCCAAGCUGAUGGGCGCACCCGAAGCAGAAGAACUUCAGCGAGCGUACGAGACAGCCGCGGAAUCCUCGCGCGGAGGCGAUCGAGGCGGAGGUUACUUUGGCACGCAGCCGGGACAGCAUGCUGGGGAUGGUACAGAGGUGCACGUUCUGCCGACGCUCGAUGGAUAUGGCAGACUCUACGAUAUUGGUCCGGGCUCACAAACGACAGAGCCGCAAGAGCACAGACCGGGCAACAGGAAGAAGAAGCUCGAUGCGCAAAAGUUUGAGACACGCGAUCUCAAGACGGGCGAGAUCCUGCGAUACAAUGCAGACGACGAUUCUACAACGCUGCGUGAGCUUGUCAGGCAAGAGCGGUUCGGAGCAGGCUCGGCGGAUCAGAAAAGCAUGGACGCAGAAAUGGCGAGUCGGAUUGUUGGCGAUGCAAAAUUCGAGGAUGAUCUCGACUAUAUGGACGACAACGCUGAUAAGCUUGCAAGAAAGAAGAUGCGGGAUGAAGCGCAGAAGCGCAUGUUUGCCAUCAAUGACUAUGCAAAGACGAAGAAGGCGCUGGAGAGCUGUCGGCUGUGCUACCAGGAUACCGAGACGUCCAGUCGACCACCACUUGUUCCCAUGAUCGCUCUCGGAACGCGAUGCUAUCUAUCGUUACCAGAUAACGAAGGCCUUACCACAGGACAUUGCUGGAUCGUGCCACUCCAACACAAUCUUAGCUGUCUGGAAGGCGAUGACGACUUCUGGGACGAGGUGAAAAACUUCAUGAAGACAUUGAUGAAGAUGUUCGCGGCUCAAGACAAGGGCGUCAUCUUCUUCGAGACUGUGCUCUCGCUUCGGUCGCAACGACAUAGCUACAUCGAGGCUAUACCUGUGCCUUUCGACAUCUAUGACGAUGCACCGCAGUACUUCAAAGAAGCAAUCCUCGCAGUCGAGUCUGAAUGGUCGCAGAACAAGAAGCUCAUCGACUUUGCUUCGCGUCCGGGCGGCUUUCGACGUGCGAUGGUACCCAAUCUGCCCUAUUUUGCUGUGCAAUGGGACUACAAAGGCGAGAAAGGUUAUGGGCACGUCAUCGAGGGAAUGGACACACAGGAAGGCGCGGGUGAUGGCGCAGACGAAUUCGAAGAGGCCAAGGGCGGAGGCGAGUUUACCAGAUACUUUGCGCACGAGAUUAUCGGGAGCUUGCUCGAGCUUGAGCCGCGUGCGUGGCGUAAACCUCGACGAGCGAAGCAGAGCGAGGAGGCGAGUCGCAUACAGGCAUUCAAAACGCACUACGAUGCGUAUGACUGGACAAAAGUGUUGUAG